CGUCACAGUUUACAAUUCGACACGUGAGGAAAAGCAUGAUCGUAGAAGCCAACCUAAACACGUUACAAAUUUCAUGGCCGACGGUUGAUUGAAAUUUUAUAUCCGUCCAACUUUCUAUUUAUUAGUGGAAAUGGUUGAUUAAGGAAGAUGGAGACUUGCAUGGAAGAGCCGAAGAGGAUAAAAUUGGAAGUAAAUGACAGACCAUUGAACUUUGCCAUUAAUCCUGAUGACUUUGACUUGCAAUGCGUGAAAAAGCCAAAAGUUCCACGGGAUCCAAUGUCCCAUCGAAUCAUCGAAAAGCGUCGUCGAGACCGAAUGAACAACUGUUUAGCUGAACUUAGUCGAUUGAUACCUGCAAAUUAUUUAAAGCAGGGUCAGGGAAGAAUAGAAAAGACUGAGAUUAUAGAAAUGGCCUCCAAGCACAUCCGUCACCUACAGAAUCUGAACAAUUUCCAUGGUGGACACAUGGAGAACUUCCAGGUAGACGGGGCUGGGCGGCAGUGCUGUGAGGACAAAUUUUACAUGGGCUUUAAGGAGUGUCAGGAUGAGGUGAUGCGGUACUACGUCGAGUUUGAGGGGAGGGACAUCAAAGACCCGGUCUGUGUCAACAUCGGCAAGCACCUGGAACAGACCAGUCAAAAGUUCCUACGUAAUGAUCACACUCGACCAAGAAAAUCUGAGGACAUGACGAUGGAGGACACAAACAGCAGUUUGGGUGUUGGAGGGGCGGUGAUACAAGAGACGCCUGUGGCGCCCCCUAGAUCCUCGCAUCAGGAGGUGACCACUCCCACUACCCAGGAUCGGUUCCUGAGAACGCUUCUUCUACCGAAAGAACCGUCCUCGAGUUCUUUUAGUGGAUCCGUCAGUGGGUCCAUCAGUGGAUCUGUCAGCUCUUUUGGUGGGUCCAGUUCAUCUGAGUUCUACUUGUAUCCAAAGUCAAUGAGGAAUCCGGACGGACAUCAGAUGUCCGGGCGGGAGGAGACGGAGGGUUGUAGCUCGGUCAGUAGUCAUUCCACUGAGAAGCUGAAUCAGUCCACGGAUUCUGAUAGGGACAGUUGUAAUGGAACGAGUUCAAAGGAAAAUCACGCAUACAAACUCAAGCACAACAUCAUGAAGCGGUUUUCACAGGAGGAGAAACGAGAGCUUCACUUAUCGGUGCCCUCUAGCGACACAUCCUCUAGCAGCUCAAGAGAAGAAGAGAAGGAGAAAGUGAAGAGGAAGUACCCUCGCCAUAAAGUACGCCCCCACAGCAGUGAAACUAGUUCCAUUCACAGUAGUUCAUCUGCCAGUGAAAUACACGUAACUAGUAACAUUCCGUUGCCAGCGUUCGUGUUGAACCCCGACGGCACACACUAUCUCCCCAUCUGCAUACAUCCCUCAUUUCUGGACAAUAUUUUCCCUAAGAAAGAAGUGGGAAAGAACUCUAUAUAUCAUCCCAUCAGCAUCCCGGUCAAUUUUGAAGGACCAUACAUUGCCAUGCCACAUUCCCCUCUGAGCCAGCCCUGUGGGUCGAUGGAAGGGAGUGUGGGUAAAGACGUCAUGCCUGGGAUUCCAGAGAUGAACCUCUAGGGCCAGUGUGACCUAGAUAUUGUGAUGUGUGUAUGUGGUAUCCAUUGUUGUACAGAGUUCCUCCCAUCGUUGAUCGUUUGUUGUUAUCACAGUGCUUUUAUCUACACAAUGUACAAAAAACAUGUUAUUUUUUCUUAUUCUUAUUUAUUUAUGUUUUAUCUGAUAAAGUUAUUUGUUUAAAGAAAGUUAUUUCUCUUCUUAGUGCACCUGAGCAAAAGCCUUUCUGAUCAAAAUUAGUUUGUUCGGACUUUGUUGCAUGUUUUCUGUGAUCAAAUGUAAUAUUUUUUUUUCUGGAACUAGUGUUCAAAUUUGAUCUGUUCUUGACACAAAAAAAUCUUGACACAAAAACAAUCUAAUUUGCUGUUAAGUGUGUUAUUUACAGGAAAGCCUUGUUAUAUUGAUAUGAUUUAAAUUUAUUCAAACUGGGAUGCCUAGGAGUGGUACAAAAUACAGUAUAUAGAGAGGGAAAACUUUAAAUUUAAGAAUAACAGUGAAUUACUGUGUCAUCUUUUAUAUUCUGAAGAGUCAAGCUUUAAAUUCAUUGACAACGUGACUUCUGCUCAGAUACCAAAUAAUUAAACCCCAAAAGCAUCUUAGAUAGUUUUGAUUCAAGUUUUAUCAAACUAGGAGGGAUACAAAAUCAAUACAUAGAAAAAAAACGUAGAUGCCGAAGAGGAACAAUAAAAUAUAUUUUGAUAUUGCUGUUCUAGCUUCUUAAUAAGCAAAAGAGUCAGAUUUCUGUUUCAUUGAUGACAUGACACCCCCCCCCCCCCCCCCCCCCCCCAAUACCAAAUAAUGGAACCCCAAUAGGGUGAAAGAAUUCAACAUUGGAAGAAUAAAAAAGAUGAUCACAAUGUUCUAAUGGAAAAUGACAUUAGUAUGGGUGCAAAGUUCAAUAGAAUAAUAUUUACAAAUCCCUAAAAAAAUUCCCUUUUAACUACAGUGUAGUGAUUUAUAAUAUAACAAUGCAGGCUUACUGACUUAAUGCAGAGAAAUGUUAGUUUGUCAAGACUGAGAUCACUGGACAGAUGAUGAGGUGAUAUGUGGAUUGCACUUUAAGAAUAUCAAGGGCAGUAUCUUGAAAACUGUUAUUUUGAAAAGAAUAAUGGUAAAAAUUAUUGAUACAUAUCAAUACUUUUAUACAUGUACAAAAUAACCAUUCAAAUAAUAUAAAUUGUGUUAUACUAUAUCAAUCAUGGGAUCACAAUAUUAGUUUAAUGCAAAAAAUGCUGACAUUUAGAUCAUGUGAGUUGUGUGGCCCAUGGGCCUUUAGUUGUUGAGCUAAACUACAAAAUAUCCAUCAGUGUUGAUGAUUUAAUGUUCCCAGUAUUUAUGUUUAAGUGUUAUAUACUAUUUUGUGUGCAGAGUUUGAUAAGUAAUCAGACUUGAGAAGACGGGAAGUAGAAACUAGCAUUGUGAAUUGCCAAUUACAAAAGACUUGUCCAUUAGUAUUUAUUUUCAUUCAGGUAGCCUGUAACAGGAGUCCUCUAUUCUAUUUUAUUGUUAUUAGUAAGAGGUCUGGUUGACUGUGACCAUUUUUAGACCACUAUUUUAUUAAUCUCCUUUAAAAGAAGAUCUUUUUAUAACGAAAUGGAAAAAUCUUUAAAAUUGAAAGCUGAAUUGUUAAGAAUCUUUUCUUUACUAUUAAAUCAUAUAGCUUAUGGCCAAAAAAAUCAUGUCUAAAAUUGUAAGGAAGAUUAGAUGUUGUUUUUGCAAUGUUGAACACCCAGUCUCUUGUUUUACUGUAGUAUAUAAUUGGGUUUUUGUGUUCAAAAUUAUAACAUAAUUGCCAUGCUGAGCUGAAUUUAAUAAGUAGGAGAGAAAAAGAUUAUUUGAAAAUUUACAGAAAAAUCAAUAGGGAGGUUUAAAGCCACCAGCUGUGGUGUUGCUAUGAAACAAAAGUAAUUAACUAUUGCUUUUCUUAUUUGAACAUUAUGAAACAUCUACACACAUUUGAUUUAGAGCUAGAAUUAAUAUUUGACCUUUUCUAGGACCAGGCUAUAUAUCAGUUUUCUAGUAGUGUUAUAUAUUUGUAAAGAUAACAAACGAUACCUUUUAUUUCUAUUGCAUACAGGUGAAAACAAAAUACUGAAAAUUGGUGAGAAAUAUUCAUUUUUUUUAAAAAUUGGAUUAUGUAGAAUCUAAAGUUAAGCCAUUCUCUGUUGUAUAUACUGGUGUUCUUGGAUGUAGUUUUGAUUCAAAGUCGUUAAAUAAUGCUUUAUACAGAAUGAUAGCUACAAAAAGUUUUUGAAUAUCUUUCUAAUUUUAUUUUUCCCACGUGCUGUACCACACAUUUUCAUGAUCAUCUAAAAUUUUGACCAACAAAAUACUGUCUUAAAUAUGGAUCACCAAAAUUAUUAUUAAUAUUUAAUAUGCCGGUACCUAGGCAUAUGGGGUGACCUUGAUUAAAUAAAAUUUAAUUUCUUUAUAUCUUUAAUGACAAAACAUAUGUUAUUGUUUAAAAAUGUAUAAACUGUCCCAAGAUUUGUUUUGCUCGUAUCACAUUGGUAGAAAUUAUUUUUUUUUAAUGAUAAGAAUUAUGCUUUUUAACUACAUCAAAAAUCAGGAAAAAACCCAAUUAUAUAAACAGAACAAAAUGACAUUAAUUUGCCCAAAAUUUAAACAAAACUAUGUUUUGCACUUGCGUCAUAUUAUGAUAUAGGAAAGUUUGGUUAAACUUGGCUACGUCACAAUAUGGCGGUUUAAAUAAAUUUGUUUAGCCAAUUAAAUGAUGCUUAAAGAAGAGUGAUAGCUAAAUAGAGUUAGUGAAUAUUUUUCUAGUGUUAUUUUCUCAUUGUUUCACACAUAUUUCAAAGAUCAUAUUUAAUGUUUAUCAGCAAUUGUUUUGCUAUGGUAUAAAAUGAAGUUAAUCAGUUGGAGUUUGAUCCCGUACACAAAACCAAAAAACUAACGAAAAAUAUAUAUAAUUUAUAGUAAUGUCCACUGUUAUUCAACAGAUUGGAUCUAAAAGCUUAGAAUGGCAAUAGGACAUUGAAGUAGUGAUUUCUUGUACUAUUAUACAUGUCGUAUUUAGCUCUCUUUAAUAAGCAAAGAAAGAAAGGACUGCUUAGCAAUUCUUUUACAGACUGUAAACAGUUGUUUGCAUUUUCUUAUAGUACACCCUAUUAUUAUUGUCAACUUAGAUUUUUUUUCGCUACAUCGAAUAGUAAGGAGAAAUCAUACCGUGAAAAAAAAACCAAGACAAUUUACUUCAGAUAUUGUGAUGACAGAACAAUGAAGAUUUUUGAGAGAUUUUAUAGAUUACAUUGAUUUUAUCUUGAGCUUUAUUUGUAUAUUAGUUUUGUUGAUGUUUAUCACACUGUUGUAUUUUGUCUGACAAUGCAUCAUUUUUUUUGUCCAUCAUUCAACAACAUUAAGGUGGAAUGGGACAAUUGAUAUCAAUGUAGAUAAAAGUACAAUAUGAUAUAAUCAAAAUUUUUUACCGGUUUAAAAUUAUUUAAUUAUACAAUAUUUGACCAAAAUUCAGUUUAAAAGGACUAUGUGCAGUAUGGUCAAAUAUCUGCCCCCGAUUUCAACCAAUUUUUAAAUAGUAUUGUAUAAAAAUAAAAUCUUCACAAAUCAUUGUAUGGAGGAUGUUUAUAACUGUUAUCUUGAUUUUAGUCAUCAUUGCUCAUUCACUAUUUAUCUAUGACGUCACCAAAAUGACAUAUUUCCCGCAAAUUUGCAAACAAAUGAAAAUAUUCUCAUUUUUGCUCUAUAUUUUGCAUGCGAAAGUAUAGAGCGCAGGUCUGCUCAAGUGCGAUUUUAACAUAUUUUUUUCUUCAGAUAGUUAUUCACAUUAUACUAAAAAUGGUACUUGAGCAAGCCUGCGCUCGAUGUUUCCCAGUCGAAAAACCAUCGGAAAACACCCCAUAUUUUGCUAAAAAACAUCAAUUUAUCAAAAUAAUGCAAUCUUCAUGACGUCAUUUCUACUUUAUGACGUCACUGUGGUGAUAACCUUUUACACCUUUAUUUCCAAUAUGAUUUUAACUAUCUUUCACCUUAUUUUUAAAGCUCUCUCUAAAACUUUGAUUUUGGGGGCAAAAAAUGCAUAAAACCGCACUUAGUCCUUUUGGGAAAGAUAACAAUUAUAAAGCCCAAGUGAGAUUUGAACUUACAGAUCCGUUAACACUUUAAUCCAUUGCGAUUCAACGCAAGGUAUAUAUUUUUUGGGAAAGAAAAAAUCAUAAAGUAAUGUUUAUAUAGAUAAGAACUCUUUCAUAAUAUCGAAGUGUCCCAUAUCAACUUAAUCAGGUGUAUUUGUACAUGGUAAGCAAAGUAAGUUUGUUAGUUACAAUCCGAUUGAAUACUUUGAGGACGUCAUUGUGGUAGUGUCAUAUAUAUAUUUAUAUAAAUAUAGUCACUGUACCUACAUACUAUUCACAAUCAGGGUCGUCACAUACUUUCUUUAGAAAUAAGGACACCAUAUUGAUGAUGUUGAUCAUUGUUUACAAGUGCAAUGAUAUACUUGUUGCUGUUUUGAGAAAUAAAUGUUAUGAUAUAU